GCGGGCGGUGCAGGUACCAGGGUGUCAUGGAAGGGCUGCUGAAAAGAUGCAGAGCACUGUCUGCCUUGGCUUUCUGCAGCCACCACCUCUCCAGGUACGUUACCCACAGAUGCUACCAUUGUGCACCAGGGAGGCGGCAGCGCUUGGUUUUAUCCCGCAUGUUCCAGCCUCAGAACCUUCGGGAAGACCAGGUGCUUCCUCUGGAGGGCAGAGCUAGCGAUCUGACCUGUAAGAGCCAGCGGCUGAUGCAGCAAGUGGGCCUGAUCCUCCCAGCAAGCCCCGGCUGUUACCACCUCAUGCCCUACACGGUUCGUGCCAUGGAGAAGCUCAUCAGGGUAAUAGACCAGGAGAUGCAGGCCAUUGGGGGGCAGAAGAUCAACAUGCCGAGCCUCAGCCCCGCUGAGCUGUGGCGAGCCACCAGCCGCUGGGACCUGAUGGGCAGGGAGCUGCUGAGACUGAGAGACAGGCAUGGCAAAGAGUACUGCUUGGGACCAACUCAUGAGGAAGCAGUUACAGCCCUGGUCGCCUCCCAGAAGAAACUGUCCUAUAAGCAGCUUCCCUUACUGUUGUACCAGGUUACCAGGAAGUUUCGGGAUGAGCCGAGGCCCCGUUUUGGUCUUCUCCGUGGCCGGGAGUUCUAUAUGAAGGACAUGUACUCCUUUGAUUCCUCCUCUGAGGCCGCCCAGGAGACCUAUGGCCUGGUGUGCAAUGCUUAUUGCAGACUGUUUGAUAGGCUGGGGUUACAAUGGACGAAAGCCAGGGCAGCUGUGGGCAGCAUUGGAGGCACAUUGUCCCAUGAAUUCCAGCUGCCAGUGGAUAUUGGAGAGGACCGGCUUGUGGUCUGUCCCAGCUGCCACUUCUCAGCCAACACAGAGAUACUAGACUUGUCGCAGAAAGUCUGCCCCAACUGCCAGGGUCCACUGACAGAAACCAAAGGCAUUGAGGUGGGGCACACAUUCUACCUCGGUACCAAGUACUCUUCCAUUUUCAGUGCCCAGUUUACCAAUGCCCACGGGGACCCUUCGCUGGCGGAGAUGGGGUGCUAUGGCUUGGGGGUCACUCGGAUCUUGGCUGCUGCCAUCGAAGUCCUCUCUACAGAAGACUGCAUCCGCUGGCCCGGUCUCCUGGCUCCUUACCAAGUCUGCCUCAUCCCCCCUAAGAAGGGCAGUAAGGAGGCAGCAGCCACAGAGAUGGUGGAGCACUUACAUGAUGACAUUAUCGAAGCGGUGGCACAGCUCCGAGGGGAGGUCCUGCUGGAUGACAGGACCCACCUGACCAUCGGAAAUCGACUGAAAGAUGCCAACAAGCUUGGCUACCCCUAUGUGGUCAUUGCCGGCAAGAGGGCCCUGGAGGACCCCGCCCACUUUGAGGUUUGGUGCCAGAACACUGGUGAGGUGGUCUUCCUGACCAAAGAGGGGGUCCUGGAACUGCUGGCUGGUGUUUGUGUAGUCUAAGUGCCCGACCACACCUGUCCUGGGCUUGGUGCCCACUGUACGACUGUAGUUCCUUCCACUUCUCUGGCUUCUCGUGGAAGGGAGACCAUGCUAGGGAGCCCUGUACUCAUUCCUUAGAAUGGUUCGGAUUUAAUCACUGACUGAUCCUCUGGACUGGCCAUCUACCAUGUGCCAUUCAUUUUGCACGUAGACACUUCCAUUAGACAGGUGAGAAAGAGACCUACGUCACUCCCUUGAAAAGCUGAUUUCUGGGUGUAAGACCAGAAUGACUGGAAGCUGGGGACCAUGCUUCCCCAACCUCAUCCCACAGUCUGACACAUGCCUUGUACUUCAUUCAAUCUACAAAGCAGGGCCCUUCUCCUCUAAGGAACCAAGAGCUCCAGAGAGUCAGGCACUUGCUGCUAACUCACUGGUAAUUUGACUCGCCUGCUCCCUUCUGGGGCCUGGGGUUCCCAUUUGAAGAUGGGAGAUGGAGUUAGGUCUGUAAGGACCACAGAGCGCUCACUGACCCCACUAGACAUGUGGAUCUGGUUCCUUAUUCCUCUAAGCUUCCCAAGAAGUUAUCCUAACUGCCUGAUGGCCCCACACUAGCUCCAGAGACUUGACAUUACUGGGUUCACUUCAGCACUGAGAUCAUGUUCUACUGAUAAGUCAGGCUUUGGGAUGAGCUUUUUUGUGUUAAUUUGAAACAAAAAUAGCAUAUUGGGGGCUGGAGAGAUGGCUCAGAGGUUAAGAGCAACUGGCUGCUCUUCCAGAGGUCCUAAGUUCAAUCCCCAGCAACCACCAGGUGACUCACAACCAUCUGUAAUGAGAUUUGAUGCCCUCUUCUGGUAUGCAAGCAUACAUGAAAGCAUAAUGCUGUACACAUAAUAAAUUAAAAAAUAGCAUCUGUUUCAGCAGUACAUACAAUAGCAUGCCCCCCGCACUUGCUGGGGUAGGGAGGGUGGCAGGGGGCUGGGAAAAUGUGCCUUAAACUGUUUCUCCCAGACUUCAGGAGCAAUAGGGCCCAUCCUCCCACCACACCCCAUACCCCGCUCCCCACCACUAUGACCUUGUCCUGGGUUCUGAGUUGAAUUCCAGAGCCAUAACAGGAGAGGCUGGUUGAGAGCUGACUAGAUUCUGUGGAAAAUGGGAGAGGGGCAGCAUUUCACAGCAGGGCCGCUUCCACUCACUGCUCCAGCAUCCAGCUGAGGAACAUAGCUGGGCUUUCCAGCCCAGCGUCCCCUGUGGUCUCCAUGUGUGCCCCCGUGAUCUCCACGUGUGCCCCCAUCUCACUAGUCCGUGGAAUAGUGCCAUAUUCGAGGAGGAUCUUCACCACUCUGGAAAGACUAUCCCAGACACAUACAGAGGUGGGCCUCUCAAAUCUAAAUGAUUCUAAAUUCAACCAACUUGCCAAGGAAGAUAGAUUGCAGAAAGGUGUCUGGGCUCCAAAGCAGGUCCUGGGAGCUAUUAGGGCUUGGCAGAUAGAUGCCCUGGGAAACUGGACAGUGUGCUUGAGGGUGGAGUUACUGCAGGACAGCAGCAGCUGGACAGAGACAGGAAAAGUAAGCCAAACAUCCGCAAUCCCCUUAGUGCUUCUGGCCAGCCGUCAAGUGGACAGCCACCUCCAGCCACAUGCUGUUAUGUCCAAGUGCAUGGGUCCAUGUGACUGAACUGAACCCUCUGAAACCCAAAUAGUCUCUCUUUGGGUUGUCUCUUUGAGGUAUUUUGAUCAAGUGACAUGAGAUCUAAUCUUGCCUUUGUGAUACUUAGGGUUCUGAGAGCAAGCAUAGGUCAGGUUGCCUGGCACAGGCUCUUAGUUUACCGCAGAUUGGGGUCCCUGGGUCCCUUACAGAGCUUCUGGUUCCAGUGGGACCAUGGCUUAGGACUCUGGUUGCAGUGAGAAUGAAGAGCUCCUGGAGAAAGAUCGUCUGCCUCUGAACCCGUGUUGUUAUCAAUUAUUUCUUUGAUUUCAAUGGGGCAUCAGGCUGAUGCCAGCCUCUGUUUGGGGGGGGGGUUGUUUGUUUUUUAAAAAUACUUUUUGUGUGUGUAUAUGAGUGCUCUGUUUUCACGCACACCAGAAGAGGGCAUCAGAGCCCAUUACAGAUGGCUAUGAGCCACCAUGUGGUCGCUGGGAAUUGAAUUCAGGACCUCUGAAAGAGCAGCCAAUGCCCUUAACUGCUGAACCAUUUCUUCAGCCCUCCAGCCCUCUACUUUUGAUGGUUUUGUUUACUGAGGACCUGCCUCGAGCCUCUACUGUGAGCAUCUUCAUGUGCUGCUUCUAGACCUUAAAAUCUUUACAGAUGAGGAACCUGGGGCUCCGUUUAAUCAGCUGUCUUAAGGAUGCAUGGGUAUUGAGGAUCACACCUGGGAUUCAGAUGCCAGCCCUAAGGUGUGCCUUUCUUACCACAUUUCUUGACUUCUGCCCAAAAAAGUGGUUCCAAUAAGCAAAACUGAAUCUGUGCUCAAUCUCAUUAACCUUGUGAGAAAUUAAAAUUCAUGCACACGGGCUGAGAUGCAGCGCAGUUGGCAGAGUACUUGCUAUCAGGCAUGGGGUCCUGGGAUUGAUCCCCAGCACUGCAUAAACCAGGCAUUGUGGUGCAUGUCUGUCAUCCCAGCAUAUGGAGACAGAAGAAUCAGAAGUUCAAGGUCAUCCUUGGCUUCAUAGCAGGCAGCCUGGGACCCUUGCCUCAAACAAAUGAAAAAAAUUACACAUGAGUGCUUCAUUCAUUUUGGUGCAGGGAGUUGAACCAAGGGCCUUGCACACGUGCCAGACAGUUUACCACUGAGCUGCAGUCCCAUACAUCCUCAGGUUCUUUUUUUUUCCCCCAGGGUUUCACUGUGCAGCAGGCCAGGCUGGCUUCAAAUUCAGUCUUGCCUCAGCCUCCCAAGUGCUGGUAUUACAAGAACGCACUCCUAAGCCUAGCUUUAUUUAUUUUUUUCUAAUUACAGAUGUGUGAUGUGGGAUUCCCCUCUGUAUGCUAUGAAUACCAUUGGUUAAUAAAGUAACUGUUAGGCCUGUGCAAGGCAGAAUAUUUUCGGAGAAAAUGCUGGGGGAAAGAAGGUGGAGUCAGGGAGAAGCCAUGGAGCUGCUGCCAGAGACAGAUAUUGCCAAAACUUUGCUGGUAACCCACAGCCAUGUGGCAAUACACAGAUUGAUGGAGAUGGGCUAGUUUAGGAUAUAAGAUUUAGCCAGAAAUACGCUUAAGCUAUUGGCUAAACAGUAUUGCAAAUAAUAUAGUUUCUGUGUGGUUAUUUCGGGAGUCUGGGCAGCUGGGAAAACAAGCAAGUGGCCUCCUACAACAAAUGUUUAUUCUGUAAACUUAAGGAAAGCUGGCCUAAAGGCACUUUAAAAGCCAGAUUCUAAGAAUAAAGAGCCGAUAGACUUCAUAAACAUGCAAGCUGAAUACAGUGAUGCGGAACUCCAGGAACCCCACAUGCAGGGACAGGGAAACUUCUCUAGUCCUCAGUUCACAGAUGGAAACAGCCUGUGUAGACGGCCGGGUUUGAACUGCAUAGAAACUCUGUGCAGGGGUGACUUGAGGUAGCAUUCUCACUUACAGGCCUGGCAAACCAAGUCAGGAGGAGGCAAACCUCUCCCAUCAGUAGAGUGCCUUGCCAAUGGUCAGUCCUUGAGAACACAGAUGUGCACUGUAGUUCAAAGGCUCUGAUUAGGUUGUGGUUUGUCUUCUGCUGAGGUGUUUUUACGUAUUAUAUUACAACAAGAGUUUUUCCCAUAACACUGAGCUUUCUGUUUAGAUUAGCUAGGGCACAAAGCUCUUGAAAUUAGUUGCAAUCAAGUGACUAGUCUAUGAAACCAUUUUCAUGUAUUAUGGGAACCUAGAUUGAAUCGUGAUUUGAGUAUUAUAAAAAGAGCACUGGCUUUGUAAUAAAGCAUGCAGUUGUAUCUCCUACUCUGCAUCCCGUGUCCUGAUUUCUGUGGCACUACCCAGGGUCAUCCAUAACCGAGGAGGUUGGGGAAGGGUCCCCAACAAGCCUGGAGUAGGAACAAAGUGUCUCAUGCCAUGGACCUGGCAAGUAGCAGGUCAGCCACUAAGCUGCCAAAGCCUCAUAUGCUGCUGCCACUGGUGCCCAUUCUCUGUCUCACAAGGAGUUAAACGCAGGCACGGUGCCACCCUUGGCCAGCCUUGAGUUUUAGGCAUUGGACUCACAGGACCACUAAGCUGGUGUUCUGGUAGCCGCCAGUGUGAUUUGGUGAGAUGAGAAGCAUAAUCCUUGAUUUCGCUCUUCCUGGGAUUGUGACCCAAGACAAAUUGUCCUUAACACACUCAUUCUUGGCAAGGUGCUCAGAGGAGUGGUAGCCUCCUCAUAGGGCGAUGUGGGGUUGACAGGGUCACUUGUGUAGAACACUUAAGCUUUAGUGUGCACUCAAGAAACCCUUCUCUUCCCUGAGGAAGCAUUCCCAUAACUUAGGAAAUCCCCCAGGAGGCUUGGCUCUGCCACUAAUGGUAUCCUAAGAUCUGGAUCUUGGUUUUGGGGGUUGAAGCUUUAUCUGUCCUGGAAAGAGUCGAACAAGUUGGACACACCCACAGAAUGUUUCAACUUGGGGCAUCCAGACAACACACCCUACUCAUUUCUCAGCCCAGGGAUUCUACCUCUUGCCAUAAACUGAUGGCUAGGAUGUUGACUGGAUAAUGCAGGACAGGCAGAACUAUCACUGUUCAUUCCUUGGGGAGGUGUAGCGGCAACUGGCUGGGAAAGAGCUGAAUUACUACUUGGGGACAAAGGCUGGUACAUAACAAACCUACCAUGUAAAUCAGCCUAGAAUGUAAA